GAUCCACAUUUUUUUUACAAUACGUAAACCCUCAUAAACCCCAAUCGAUUCUCAGGAAGAUCCAUGACAACUUUGGGUUCCACCUCGGCGUUUAAAAUUAUGUAAAUUUGAUAAGAUUUAUGUUCAAAGAGAGUUGAUCCUGAUUUGAAUUGGAGUCUCUUUAUUUGAUUAUCGAUUCUAUCAGAUAACUUCUUAUAAAUCUUGUCUCUCUUUCCCCUGUCUCUUCAAUCCCUCAAGACCAUUCAAACUGCUUCACAACUUUGAAAUCAUCCUCUAAAAACCGUUCAUCUACUUGACUCUCCAUACUUGAUCUUGUAGAGGAGAAAUUCUUUAAUACUUUAACUCACAUCGAAAAAAAACAAUUUCUCAGAUCAUGUCAAACCGAUUUGAUAACUGCGAAGAAUUUGAAGCGGUCAACGGAAUCGAUUUAAUUGGAAAGAAGGAUGAAGAUCAUCAUAUCUUAUACUACUUACCAACAUCUCGAUCUGAUCCCCGUUUAUCACCCUCGACCUAUAGUUCAUCAUCAUCACCAUCAUCUUUCAGUACCCAUUCUCCAACUCUCCAACUCAUUUCAUCUUUCUCUACAACAGCUACACCCACCUCAGCUCACACACCUAAAAGAAUGGUACAUUUCUUAGAAGAUCCAUCACCAAUUGAUGAUGAUGCAUUAGAUAUCACAAUCUUAGGAAUCUUAUCAUCAGAAGAUCGUUAUGGGAUCUUAUCACCAUUAUCACGUUUAUUAGAAAAACCUUUGAGAUUCUCUACCAUCAAAAGAUCAAAUUAUCAUCAUCAAUCGAAUCAUCAUACAUCAAACAAAUCAUUUGAAAUCGAAUUAAAUAGAAGAUUAAGACAACUUAGUAAUUCAAGCUUUCGUCAUAAACGUUGGUCUUCUAAUCCUGAUUUAAGAUUUGAAGAAUCUUUAUUAGAAUUAAUUUCAGAUAGAUUAGAAUUAAGAGAUUCUGAUUCGAAUUCAAAAGGGAGUUCUUCACCUACUCAUAAAGAUUCGGUAAACUCACAAGUUCAAUUCAAAUAUCAAGAUAAUAAAGAUGAAGAUGAAGUUCAAAACUCUUGGUUCAUUCAAGCUGGUGCUUGGGUUUUUGAUACUCUUAGUUUUGUACCUUGGUAUUCUAUCUCUUCUCUUUCAUAAAUCAAAAAUCAAAAUCAAACCUUGCUCAUAUACAUAACAUUAAAAUCAGAUUUGUUUACUUAAACUUAUCAAGUUCUUCACUUCUUAAAACUGCUAUCUUCUUCAUGAUGUUUUCUUUUCCUCGAAUUUCUGUUUUUGAAUCUUAAUCUUGUAAGACUUCUGCGAUAUAUUCUUUACUCUCUCUAUCUCUGUUCUUGAUGUGAUUGUUUUUCUUAGUUUGAUGUUUCACUUGCAAUCGUUUAAUGUAUAUAUAUAUAAUAUAAUAUAAAAUCAUAGUAAUUUUUUAGAGAUGAACUCUUCAAAGUAUUAUUCAUAGUCUACUCUUAUUAGUUAUUUCAAAUCUUUCUUGAGUUCUUGUUGUCUUUAUCGUGCUAUAUUUACUUUAUUCAAUCAUUAUGCUGCACAAACAGAUUACAUC